GCAGCAGCAACAGCAGGCUCAGCAUCAUCACCCGCCACCCCUAGCCUACUAUUCAUUUCAAUUAAGCCAAGCACAGCCGCCGCCCCCCGCCCAACAUCCACAACCAACCAAUAAUGCAGCAGUCACAGCAACCCAAAUGGCCCCCUCGCCUCCCACGCAGGCCAAUGCAGCUGGCGCUGCGUCGUCUGUGUCCGCAGCUCAAUCGCACAGCAUGGUGGGGGGCGGUGGUGGAGGUAUGUCCGGCGGCGGCAGUAGCGCCAACGCAACAAACAUCGCUAGGCAACAUGCUGCAGCCGCGGCUGUGGCGGCAGCGGCUGCUGCAGCCAAUAGCGGCGCCAACAUGCAGCACUACACGUCCGGGACGGCGCUCAUGCCACCGCCGGCGACGAGUACGGCGUUCAUGACCACCGCGUACCUGCAGCAGUACCAUCAGCAGUCGGCGGCAGUAAUAGCCGCUGCAGCAGCGGCUGCACAGUACAAUAACAACGCUGCAGCAGCUGCAGCUGCGGCUGCGAAUAACCACGGCGGUCCGGGCGGUACAGCGACAGCUUCUGCGGCACUGUACCAACAACAACAGCAGCAACAUCAGCAAGCUCUUCAUCAUACGCAGGCAUCGCUGCACACACACUACUACCACCAUACAGGCGCUGGCGCCGCACCAACGCCGCCACCGCAUUUGCAUCCACACCACCAUCCACAGCAGCAUCAACUGCGCGGCGUGCUCACAGCGCAGCCUCAUCAACGACAGCCACAAACCACAUACUUGGUGCCGGCAAACGCGAUAUUUGCACUGCCACCAGGCCCAAUGGCAGCAUCGCCGCGCACGUCAUUGCUAACCGCCAGCGCUCAUCAGCAGACAGGCAGUACCGCCAGUGGCAUGCCGGUGACACCGCUGUUGCAGUCGGGUGCACGCGCGCCUGCUGGUGGUCCGACGGCUUACAUAACAUCGCCCUUCUGCCAGCCCCCAUUACCAAUGGGCGCAGCCGGCAUGACACCACCCCAGCCAUUGCUGGCGGCGCCCUCCACCAACAUGCAGCACUACACGUCCGGGACGACGCUCAUGCCAUGCGGCGCAACUGCCUCGAAUUCGUUGUCGACGACUUCGCUGACCACAGCCAGUGGUGGGGGUAGCGCCGGCGGAGCGACUGGCGCCAGUGGCAGCAGUACAGGUGGCACCGAAACCGUGAAGCCGCGUAAAUACGCUAUACCCAUAAUACACCCGAUCACGCAUGAGAACAUACUGGAUCCAAAGCCACAAAAAAAGAGCACAGCAGUUGAGGCCAAGCCCUCGGGCACAGACGUUGCCGCUCUUUCGCAAGAUCAAACAGACAAAUCCAUUACUGUCUCCAUUUCUAGGACAGCGUCGUUCACAACGAUGGCGGCCACAACCCCGAAAGAGCAGCACGGCGGCGACAAUGUGACCGUUACUGCAGGCGCUGACAUCAUUGCGGUGCAAAGAGAGAAAAUCGAUCAGCAAAUGCAGACGGAUGCGGUGCGUGAUCGUAGCACAAGCAGGCGUGUGAGCUCAUACGAUGCGCGUGCGACUGAGUGCUCGCCGCUGGUAACCGCCGUUUCUGGCGAUGAGGACAAUCAGACGUUUGGCUAUGGCGAUCCAAAAGAUUGUCGCAGUUGCGACGUGAAUGUUCAUUGCUCUCAGAUGGGCGUGUAUUUGAAUGAGGAGGAGCAGCAGAUGAGUCUAUGUGAUGACCAUUCGGCGGCGCACGCUACCGCUAGCAUAAACAGCGCAAUCGGUGACGAUGGCGACGACAGCAAUUACGAUGAAGAGUCUACUUCCUUGAUGUUAGAUGUUGAAGAAAACGAGCAUGACAAUCUGCAACCAGCCGACGUCUAUGAAGCUACACAAGACAUUCAACAACUACGCUUUUCCGGCAGCGACGCGGAUAAUAAAUUCGCGCAUGAGCAAUACGAAGAAUCUGAUAUAUCGGCUGUUACUUCAGCGACAACGCUAAGUGGCGGCGAGGAAGAUCACAGCAAAUCUGACUUCAUGCAAUCUCCAGAGCAGAGAUCCUUAGCUACCGUUACUGUUUUUCCAGUACAGACAGGACAGCACUCCGAAUUCGCACAGACCCAAAAUGUUGCAACGACAACCACAACCGCAGGCAAUGAUGUUUUGCGCGUGUAUGCUGGCGCGGAAUCUGUCACUGCAACACCAGUCGGCAAUUACGCAGAUACACCUGCAGCUGCAACGGCCACAUCCGCUACGAAUACGCAGUUAAAGAGCAGCAAAUCGAAUACAUCAGCCAGCUCAGUGGCGGUUUCCAUACCCAGUGGAGGUGCACCAACAACCAUUACUACCAGCAGCAAGACAACUACACAAAAAACUUCACCCAUCACUUCGGGUGCCUCAUCAUCAGCCACCUCGACCCCCACACAUCACUCAUAUGCACAACCACAACAAAUGCUGCGGCAGCAGUAUCAACACCAACAACAACAGCAGCCGCAGCAGCAGCAGCAACAAAGAAAAACCAGCAUCAAUGUGCAUACAGCUGGCGGCGCAAUGACUGCAUCCAUUAGUACUAGUAGUAGUGGUGGUGCUGGUGGUGCGAGCGCAGGUAGUUCCCUACCAAUGAAGCAGAGCGGCGCUGCUGCAAAUACGAAAAAGGGUCGCAAAGCCUCGAAGCGCGCCAAGGAAAGCCAAAAGAAGCUCCAUAAGCAAAGUGAAGUUAGUAGCCAACGCUUCAAUGCUGCAUCGCUAAGCAGCAGUAACAAUAACAAUAGUAUUAGUAAUAAUAGUGGCAGCAACAGCAACAACAACAAAAGUAUAUUAACCAAUGCCAAUACAAAUAAUAAUCUUAACAAUAAUUUAGAAACUAAAAAUUUGACAACUACAACUACAACUACAACGGCAACAUCAAGCAACAUCCUGACUGAUAUAAAUAAUGCAAAUAGUUCUAACGAUAGUGGUAUUUUAAGAGAAACGACAACAACUUCAACAGCGAAUUUAAGACAACAACAACAGCAACAGCAGCAGCAGCAACAACAGCAACAUCCACAUCAAUCAGCAUUGCAACAACGUAGCGGCAGUGUGACAAAAAGUGGGAGCUUGACAGGCGGCUUGACGGCGAAAACCAACACAAAAAGUGAUUUCCUCACGGACAUUCAUCAAGCGACCGAUCGCACUUCACACUUGCACACUUCGCCGCAACUGCAGCAACUACUGUCGCAGCCAACAAAGCACCUGAAGACUCAGGAAAUCGUUGCACAAUUCUUGCAAUCAUCGUCAGAACAGCAAUUGCAAUUUCUAAACAGUUCUUCGUCCGCUUGUGAAGAUGAGGAAGAAAUGUGCGCUCGAUUACAAAUGCGGAUGCAACAAGAUGCUGCUGAGGCCGCAAGCAGUAUGCAAGAUGUUAAAUUUGGCGAUUUCGCUGAGGACAAAGAUUGUCAAGGCACGGCGUCGUCAUCGUCGUCGACCCCGACCCCGGUGCUACCACAACAACAGCAGCAACAACCACUACAAAGUCGACAAUCUACAAAGUCCAAUUCACCCCACAAGGAAAUUAAUAAAAAUAAAAGCGCCACGACGAAAGACACUGUAGAUAGCACCCAUAAUGUCAGCACGGCAACGCUUACCAAAACCAGCAGCGCGUCCAGCAUCCGUGAUGGUCAAAAAACUACUGCUGUAAGCACUGCCAAUAGUGCAGCUACUACUGCAGCCUCUCCCGACAGUGCUGUGGGGCCGCCAAAACCGCGCAAAUACUCGCUGGAUGAGCUAAAGGCGCUUUCGAAAUCCAGCGAGGCGCGCAAGCCGCCAAUGGUAUCGUGUCAGCGCGGUGACUGCAUUUCACAGCUAUUCGUUUCGCGUCAGCAGCAUCAUCACCUGACGCAUCACGCGCACAACAUGUCCUCACUGGCACUACAUCAGCAUCUGCAGCAGCAACAAUACCAACACAUGAACUUCAAUGAGUCAAUGGAAUUGGUGAGCGGCAAGCGUGGACGCAGCGCACAGACGAAGAAACAUCACGAGCAUCAGGCUGGCGGAGGUGGUGCUGUGAGUGGCGUACUAAGUGUUGCGGCUGCAGCCGGCGCAGUGGGCCAGGGCGGAAUCGGCGGUGCCGCUGGCGUGAUGAGCGCGCAGCAACAACGGAAAGUCGACUUUAUACGUGUGCAGUUGUCGCUGAAGGAGGAGAUAAAGCUGUCGGAGUGUGAGAAUGCUUGGCAGCCGGAAACAUUACGCAGCAAAUCGAAUAAUGUUUCGCCUUCGGGCGCCAACGAUGACAUCGACGCUGUGUUGAAGAGAGUGCGCGGCGUACUGAACAAGUUGACACCUGACAACUUCGAUGUAUUACUCAAGUCGAUGACCAGCAUCUCGAUGAAUACACAGGAGAAAAUGCAACAAGUGAUGCUAUUGAUUUUCGAAAAAACCGUGAGCGAACCGAAUUUCGCCCCUACAUACGCCAAGUUUUGCAAAGUGCUUUUCCAAGAAAUCAAAGCGGAGAGCAAAUCACUUUUCUCUAGCUCGCUAAUCAACCGCAUUCAGACUGAGUUCGAGACAAAUGUAAACGAUGCAAAUGCGAAGAAAUUGAAGCUGCAACCGCUGGUCGAUAAGUUGGAGAGUUGCGUCGACUCCAAAGAGCGGCUGGAACUGCAGGCCGAACUGGAAGACCAAGAAUAUCAGUUUCGACGUCGUGCUUGGGGCACGGUUCGCUUCAUUGGUGAAAUGUUUAAACUACAAUCGUUAACCAACGACCGUGUAUUCUUGUGCAUCGAAUCCCUACUGGAGCAUGGCUCCGAGGAGAAGCUGGAGUACAUGUGCAAACUACUGACCACAGUCGGGCAUCUAUUGGAAUCUCCGGAGCACACAAGCAAUGCUCGAAUGGAUAAAAUCUUUCGUAGAAUACAUGAAAUCAUACACAAAUCGCGCAGCAAUAAAUCAGGCGGCCACUUCAAGAUCAGCAGCCGUGUGCGUUUCAUGAUGCAGGAUGUUAUGGACUUGCGUGCGCGCACCUGGGAUCAUCCGCAGGCUCAGCCACAACAGCAGCACCAGCAACAAAUGCUGCCUCAGCAGCAGCUACAGCAAUCAUCCCAGCGACGCUCAGCGAUUAGUGCAAAGCAGGACGACAAAAUACAGGCAGGAGUCGGCAGCAGCAUGUACGAGAAGACCAAUCGGCUGGGCAACUAUGGCGGCGGUGGGGGCAGCGUCGGUGGCGGCGGCAAUCAGGGUAAUCAACGGCACUAUUAUACGAAAUCGCAUAAGUCACAGCAGUUCAUGCAUCCACAUGAACAACAAAAAGUUAAUAUUGACGUCAACAAACUGAAAUUUGCUAACGACGAGGUAACGCAAAGCACAACAAAACUCGGCAGCCCCCAAUUCUACCUCUGGCGCACCAAUCAGCCAGCUAGUUCUUUAAAAAUGAACACCAGCGGCGCGAACACUGCGGCAAACAGCGGCGGAUUUAAGCGACAGUCCUCUAUGAUUGGCGUCACAACAGGCAUGUCUACAGUGUCGGCCAUGGCCAACAAUCCUUUUCAAGCGCUCGAUAGGCAAGAAAAAUCAAAUGACUUGCCGAUGGAUGCGUCCUCGCCACAAGAGCAGCAAAAAGGUACACAAUUUUCAAUGGAACACGCUGACUUGCCAGAUUUUAGCAAGAAAGAAUGUCAAAAACUGCUUAAUCAGCUGAUCGAAGAGCUGCUCGCCGCUGUCAGCAGUCACAGCAGCAACGGCUGGCAACAGGAGACAGUCAACGAGUGGAAUAGUCUCAAUACGCGCCAACAAAAGUCAUUGCUCAACUACCUACUUAGCGACUACCUAUACUUGCAGACAGUGAAGCGCGCGCAUCGCAAAGCCUGCGCGGCUAUAUUCGUGCACCUGAUGCGUACCAAAAUGUGUGGGCCACAAAUAUUUACGGAAGUGUACACGGAAUUGGCCGACGAGCUGCGCGAACUGCUAAUUGACGUACCGAAUCUGUGGACGUAUGUAUUUGAAUUUAUAGGACCGCUGCUGCAUGAGCAACUUUUGCAUUUCAACGACAUUUGGCUGCCACAAUGGGCGGCCGAUAGCAAAUUCACAAAACGAUUUCUCCAUGCGCUCAUCACUUACUUCACCAGCGAAUUUGGCACAACGUACACGCGUGAGCUAUGGAACAAGGAAUUCAAACUGGAUCAUGGACAGCAAUUCAUUAGCGAUGCCGCACAAUGGCAAGCAUUUGUCAACUUAAACCACUUCCAGUACAUACACGAUCGCAACUACAAGCCACCACAGAGAGAAAAGUCAGCGUCGACGUAUCCCGCUGCCAUAGCGGAACAAGUGACGCGCAUUGAGUAUUUGCUGAAUACGAUCAAUGGCUGCGACCUAGCCAUAGACUACAUAAAUACGAAUGUGCACAUAAAUACGCAUUUUAUACGCAGCCUUACAAAAUUUCUCUGCUGUGAUUACGCAACUGUGAUGCCGGCGACGACGACGGCGCAGACGCAAACUGUUAAAAGUAGUAGAGAACUAGACUCCGAACUCUUUCGACACAAAUGCAUACCGCUACUGAGACGUUGCCUAGACGGCCUCGAAACGCAUGAGGUGGCCUGCCUCGACGCCAUUGUCGACGCCAUGCAGAAGGUUUAUGAAACGCCAACUGCCAAUCAGCUCAUUUGUAGCAUAUUCGAUCUAAUCUACGACAGUGAAGUCAUUCCGAAAGAGUCCUUCGACAAGUGGUAUCGAGCGGUACAGGCCAGUGACUGUGUGACUGAUAGUAAAGAUGCGGGUAUGACGAAAGCGUCAACAACAAAAAAGGCGUCAGCGACGCUGGCGGUUUCAUCCUCUUCUAGCAGAGGUAGCAGCGGUGCUGCGCGCCUUAAUGAAUACUUACAUGCGUACAUGGAAAAGCUGCUUUAGCGCCGUAGGCACAGUUAGCAGCAGUACUGUAGUGGCGCUGGUGGAAUUGGCGUUGGCGGCAUGGCUAAGAAGCAACUAAAUUACGCCCAGCCACUAUUCCAGUGAGAAGGAGGGAAUUGAUAGAGAGCAGGAACUAUAUUGAAAUUUCGUACUGAGUGCUGUGCCCAUGAAUUGCCGCCGCUAGCGUGGCCUCUCACCCCCAUACAAAAAUAAUGAAAAACACAAACCGAUUUAGCACUGUAUAUAUGAAAAUUGCAUAAUUUUUAGCUGCGUGAAAGGGAACUACUAACAAAGGAAAAAACAAAAAUAAUAGCAAAACUACUAACUAAAAACAAAAGAUAAAAAAGAAGACAAAUUUAAAAUUAACUACCACAUUAGUGUGCGUAUGUGUGUAUGCGUGUGUACAUAUUAGUGAGUAAGGCAUUUAGCGUAAAACUUCUUAAAAAAAGUUUUCGAUAAACACAAAAAAUAACCCACAAUGAUUUGGUCUCAAAAAGCUGAUUUUAAAAAUCGACACGUAAAUAUUUUACUAGUUUGCUAUUUUUUAUUGAUUUUUUUUUACCUAAAAACACAUUUAAUACGCCAUUAGUUGCUUUUGGCUUCUCAUAUCAUUUAUUUCUUUUAUCCUAAUUUCGGAAAAUCAUAAAAGUUGAAAAACCAAUCGUUCGUCCCUUACGAUACAUGACGCUAACUAACACGUAUACAUAGAUUUUUGUAUGUAGUACAAAUAUAUUAUAUAUUGUAAAUGAAUUAAUUUAGUUUUACAAAUGAAAACCUACACAGGAAUCUCUAAAGAAAAAUGGAAAGCGAAAAGAAAUGGAAAUAUCUUGCAACUGCAAUACCUGUAAUUAUGCAAAAAAGCGAGACAUUCGCACAUGUAUAGGUACAUAGAUGCCCCGAGCAAAAACCUUUUCGACUUUUCAUAACUGCGCAGGCGCGAGCGAGCACUAAACUGAAACUAUUUCAGUUAAGGAAUUUCUUGCGCCAUAUCCAUAUGCUGUCGAUCCCCUAAUUAAUAAUUCCUACCAUUAAUUUUUUUUGUAUAUACAUAUGUAAAUGCUUAAGCAGGCAUCGUAGAAAUUAACAUAUUUACACAUUCACACGCAUAUCAUUUAUUUAUCAUACACACGCGAUCCACAUUGUCUUGCCUUGCCAUUAACCUUUCCACUUUACACUUUCCACGGGGCUUGACGACGCCCACGUACAUAUAUUCAGCCAUUCCAUUGCCACUUUCAGCCUUGGCUACAUACAUAUAAAGCUAGCUGGUUGUAUGCUUCGUUUAAUGCAUUUUCGUCUUCUUUUUUUGGUACUUUUACCGUUAGGAAAUACUACUAUUACAAAAAAUUCACUAUAUAUAUAUCCAUUUCACAUGUAUGUACAUAGAAAAUUGCAUAUUGCAUUCGAGGGUGGUGCAACAAAUUUCAUAGUAAUUUUAAGUAGUUUUCUGUUCAAACCUUUUUUUUUUUACGGAAACUUUCGAACUGAAGAACUAUGCUCAUCGCAUUAAACUAAUUUUUUUUUUUUUGUUUUUUAAUUCUGUGAUCGGCAUUAUUAUUAUUAUUAUUUUAUUUAAUUGAGAAGUAAAUUAACCAAGUCAUUCAUACGCACACAGCUUUCUAUCCACAAUAACAAAAUUGGCAUUUUUUCGAGUAAUUGUUGAAUGAAGAACAGAACAACAGAACCGAAGAAAUUACAAAAGGUUAACCGAAUACAAAACUACCAGGCAUCUAAAAUCCCAAAAUUCCAUAAACCCUAAAUAAAUAAUCAAAAAUGAUACAGAAAUUCCAAAGAAUUGUUGUAACUUUUGUCUAACCGAAUAUAUUGUAAAACGUUCGACGAUUAAAUUGAUUUAAAUAAAAUCAAAUAAAAAACUAAACAAAAUUUAACUAUAAUUGAUAGUAACUAUAUAGGAAAUUUCAAUAUGAAGAGCAAAGUAUUUUAGACCGAAAACGGAUAAUUAGAAGAAAACUGAACAAAAGUUACACAGACACACAAAACUAAAGGAGUGGCCUAAUCAGGGCACACAACACAAGCAUUAUUUUGUUUUUGGGCUCACUCAAUCCGAAUCCAUCCGCUAUCAGAAUUGGCGCAACGGGUCUUGGUUCAAAUUUAAAAUCAAAAAACGUCUGAAAAUCCAAGAAACAUGCGAAAAAAUUGUGUUUAAGUUGGUAUGAACAAAUGUCGCGCCAAUCCUGAAGCGGUGCCGUGUUCAGCGCUUCAAAAUAUAUAGCGAGUACAUACAUGCAUAUGUCGCGUCCCCAGAUCAAGACACUCUUUUCGGGUUUGUGUGCAGCUGUGUUAUUUAAACCACAAAAAACAAGUACCCUGUGCGCUUUAAGCCGCCUUUAUUAUUAAUUUUCUAUGUUAAACAUAAGCAUAUAUUAAACAUAGCGACUAAAAAUAAAAUUCUAUUAUAUUCCAUAUAUUUUUUAUGUAUAAAGGUUUUCGUAGCAAUUAAUAGUGAAACCUCCAAAUUCAAGAGUAAGGCAUUCAGCUAAUUGUAGGACCAACGUCCUUCAAGUUAAAUAAGUGAAAAUGAAAAAUUACGCAAUUUUUUCAUAUAAUUUUUAAGUAGCUCUCAAUUUUAGAUACCAUUCAAUUGCAGAAAAAAAAAACGUAAAAAAAAAAGUGAAAAUGGAAUUAUAUGAAUGAAAUAAUAAUGCUUAAGAAAAUUACACGCCCAGAAAAUGUGUAAAGGACAAAAAAACUAUGACUUAACCUUCAAGAAAAUCAUAAAAAAAAAUGCAGUUGCGUUUUUGGGCUAACGAAAUUUGUUUGUUUUGUUGUUUUUUAAGCAUGAAAUAUAUUUUUUUGUACACGACCAAAAAUUUGAGAUCCUUCUUUCUAGCCGUUGCUGGUCAAAAUUGUAAAAUAUUUUGAAGCGGUGAUUUGCAACUACAAUUACUACCGAAAGAAAACCUUUUCUGUAUCCAGUUGGCAAAUUCGUGUGUAUAUCAGAUCUUUUGAAGGGAUAGACUUUCCGUGCUCGAUAGCUAGAGAGAUAGUUAUAUGAGGUGUGAACUGCAAGCUAGGGUCUAUUGCGUCCUUUUCUAUUCAUAACACCUCUGUUAGGCCCAAGGCCCUAAAGAAGUUAAAAAGGCCUUUUAGGGGACAAUGAAUGAAUGAAUGAACGUUCUGAUGCCACAUCAGGCCUAUGUUUCGUUUUCGAUUCUUUACUGUUUUUUUUUUACGGAAUAACAAAAGUUUCGGGUCUUCUAAUCCAUCUUCUAAUAGAAAAAAUCUUCUGGAUACAUAGUCGGCAAAAUUAGAAAGCAUAAAUACUUAUUUGAACUUUUGAAGAGAUACGCUUUCCGUGCUCGGUAAAUAGACAGAUAUUGAUAUGCGGUGUGCACUGCUAUCUUAGAUCUUUUGUGUCCCCUUUUAUUCACAAAACCUCGGCCCAAGGCCAUUAAGAAUGAAUGUGCUCAUGCUGGUUUCACAUCAGUCGGCAAAAUUCGAAAAGAAUUAACUUUACUCCAGACACACACUAAUGCGCUUAUAGCCAUUAUUUUCUUUAUUUGACUUACAUAGUUUGCUUGCAACACACCUUCUCGUCUACAUUAUAACGGUUCUCAAAGGCAGGGUAUAAUAGAAAUAGAUCUACCUGCAAGUAUUUAUUUAAAAGCGCCCGCAUUAUUUGGCCAACUGACUGGUUAAAUUCACUGGUUUAUUUGUAGUUGUGAAUGACCUGUAAGAAACAUUUUAGGUAAUUUUUUGUUCUUGAUGUUUGGAAAAGAAAAGUUUUAGAUAUUUUAUUUAAACCGCUUGUUUUAAAAGAUAUCUUUUUGUUAGAACGGUGUGUAUUUACAAAGUUUUAACUCUUAAAAUUAAUUUCGUUGGUCUUAAAAUGCAGCUUGUAGCUUCGUUUAUUAUCUUAAUAAAGGAAAUAAUUUUCUGUAAAACCAAUUAAAGAUAUACAUAUACAUAUACCUACAUUAGACCAUGUCAAAAAAAAAAACAAAAGUCCUGCAAUGCGACCAGAAUAAGACUAAAAUUUUAGCAUUUGGUACAUGGAUGAUCCCCUCUCCAGGACGAUUCUAAGAGGUCGCGCGUCGAGCCUUUAGUUUUCCAAUCGGAAUUUGACGUAAGAAAAUGAGUCGCUUCCUUUUGAGGUCAAUAUAAUUAUCUGGGAUCAAUGAAAUCACUCGAAACUGUAAGAGUACAUUGAUUAUAUGCCAUUUAAGUAUUACGCAGGCUCAGAUUAUUUAAAUUACUAAAUUAUCCCUUUUUAAUCCCUUGUCCUAUUUGGGUCAAAUGUAGUAUAUACCAUUUUUUUUUUUUUUUUUUGGAAUUUAAGGAAUCUUAGCAUGCAAUAUACUUAAACGAUAAUGUAAUACAUUGAUUAUUCUUUCAGUUUCGAGCAUUUUCAUUGAUCCUAGAAAAUAACAUUGACCUCAAAAGGAAAGUACUCAUUUUCUUACGUGUAAUUCCUAUGGGAAAACUAAAGGCUCGACGCGAGACCUCAUAGAACGGUCGUAGAGAGGGGAGAUUUAUGGAGGAUCAUUACUAAACCAAAUGCUAAAAUGUGAGUCUUAUUCCGGCCGCAUUGCAGCAUUUCUUAUUUUUAUUUUUUUUGACGUGGUCUAACCUACAUACAUAUAAAAAAGAAAAUAUGCAAAAAUUGAAAAGCUAUAGGAUAAAUAAGAAAAUGUAAACGUAAUCAAACACGCAAGUAUUCAUGAAAAGUAAACAGAAUGUGAAGUGAAUUAAAUAUUAGCAAGUCAGCCGCAUUAUAAACAAUGAAAAUGAAAUAGAAAAAAAAAAAUAUA